AUGGAUUCAAAUUUCUACCCAAGGCAAGUGGAAAACAUGUUGCACACUAUGUUGCAAGGCAUAGAACAAGAACGUGCCAUAGACUCGUUAUUACUACUGCAGCAAUCAUUCCACGAGGAUGUAAUGGGACAAACCUUCUAUGCAUUUCCCAGGCCCAGGGUGAUUGUCACACGAAAUGAGACUUUUAGUUUUUAUCAAAAAUUUAACACAGAAAUGCUAACCGUUUUGGUCACCCAAGGCCAUUUGAAUCGCGACUUAGUGGAGUUGGCAGCUGCAAUUUUAUAUAAAAGGCGUCAAACUAGAAUUCUGGCACUGGCCUGGGAUAUACAGGACAAAGAGAACUUCAAAAAGGAUUUUCUAGAAGCAUGCCAUGCCUAUAAGAUGACCAAUGUCCUGUUGAAAUUUCUUUACCUUCACGAACAGCCUACGGCGGUCUAUUACUCCCUUAGACCUUAUCCCAGCUAUCAUUGGGAGCUGCAAUCAAUGCAUGGUAAUCAAGGUAGCUAUUACCCCCAACAUUGGCGCAAUUUUCAAAAUGCCUCUCUCAUCACCUACACCGGCCAGGAACCCCCCUUAGCCUUGGUGUUUGUGGAUGAAAGGGGAGCUAUGAGGAUCGAAGGAUAUGUGGCCAGUUUUGUUUUGGCCUUUGCCCACACCUUCAAUGCCAGUUUGGCAAUGUACAAACCCCUGGUAUUGGGUAAAGUGAUUCCAAACGCCAACGUCAACCAACUGGCUAUUGAGGGCAAACUGGACAUACCCAUGGUUUGGAGCAGCCUUUUGAUAAAUGAAAAUAUCGAACACAAUUCCGAUUACUAUGACCUGAUAAACGUUCUAAUUGCUGUGCCCUGUGCCGUACGCAUGGAUAUUCGCGAGGUGUUUGGCAUACUGCUCAAUGGCAACUUUUUUGGUUGCAUUUUUCUAAGCUCCCUCUGCUUGUCGAUCAUGCAUGCUUUCGUCGAUUACGCUUUCGAUGGUCUUUUGAAUCGUUUGAAUUUCAUACUGAAUCAUAGCAUACUGCCAGGCGUAUUGGGUCAAUCGUAUGUCAGCCGCCACACUCCUUGGAGGGUUUUGAAAAUCCUCUAUCUGUUGGUAUCCUUUGUGGGACUCAAUAUUGCAACACAAUUUUCGGCCAACAUAAGCACUUUGUUCACCCAACUGCCCCAUCAUCGACAAAUUGUCACACUCAAAGAUCUAAACAAAUCCCCACUCAAAAUACUGGUUGACGAAAUUUAUGGCGAUGAAAUAAAAGAGAAAUUUCCAUUGCUGGGAAAAUCCAUGGUAACCGUUAAGAAUCCUUCAGAGAGACUCGAGCUCAUCGAUAGGUUCAAUACCUCCUAUGGCUAUAUGACAAGUCCUUCGGCCUGGGAAUUUAAUUCUCGGCGACAGCAAUUCUAUUCGCAAAAAAUAUUUUGCCUCAUGAACGAUGCCAGCUUCGAAGGUAUGUUCCAUCACAGCAUUACCCUGCCUCCCAAUUCGCCGCUUAGGGAGGCCAUCAACUAUUUGUUGCCACUGGUGCGUGAAGUUGGUCUAAUGAAAGCCUGGAUGGACAGAACAUUCUACGAAAUGGUAAAACUAAAGAAAAUAUCUUUGCGUGAUAAUUAUCCGGAAGAGAAUAGAAGAGUGCUUGCGGCAGAUGAUUUCUUUUGGAUUUGGAUGCUUGUUGUCAUAGGCCAGGCUAUGGCCACAGUGGCUUUUGGGUUGGAAUUGUUGUGGCAUUUUGGCAGAGAAAAUGAAAAAAGUCUCAAAUAA